UGCAUUAUCGACGGUACACGAUAAUAAAGUGUCAAUUUUUACACUUGACGAUUGCCCAAAAGUCACAUUUCGCAAAUUUUUUGGUAUUAAAAUUCGGAAAUGAAAUGUCGUUCCGUACCAAAGUGUUGGGUUUAAUCGAAGUGUUCCUUCGAGUACCGCCAAUAUUUGUAAUUGACGAGAUAUUUAAAAUUGGUUUGGGUCUAUCCGAUUUGACAGAGUAUGAUAUAACAGAAUUAGAAGAAAAUCCUUCUAAUUAUACCGUAACUAUUAAUUACGAUCCUACAUUUUACAAACUAGUGCUUAUUUCUCUGGCUAGAUUGUCACUCAGUACCUUAGGAUGUGCCAUUGCAUUGUGUUUGUUUGUUCUCAACACAAAACACCUGAUGAUGGUGUAUAUGUACUUUAUGUCGUUGGGUGUAGUGUUCGUAUCCUACUGGGCAAACUUGAGUACAAUGAAAACUGUCAUCUCUGCACUUGAGGAAUCUCACCAGACAUAUCCUAGUGUUUUAGAAGACGUAUUGGCUUUGAAUUUCAACCGAAUUCUGGAUCCAGCCGGUUACGCAUUGGCUAUUGUGCAAAACUACUUACUACAAUGCUUACUGACCUUCAUUUUUAUGAAUAUACAUCUGGGACCAAGGUACACCUUUUUGCAGAAGCUCUUACCGAUUUCGUUUAUCGCGCCAUCAGUACUGGCAGUACUACCUUUACCAAACUAUGUAUUGACACAUGCACCUGUAUUCGCAGCCUUAUUACCGUUAGCCUUGGUCAAGUUUGUUCUAUGGAUGUCUCUGCUAACGAUAAUGCAGACAAUCUACAACGGAUAUUUGGAUGCGCGCAAUUUCAUAUCCAACUUUGGAAUGUCUGCUUUAGUUGAAGCGGAAUGGAUUAGAUUGAGUGUCCCUGAGGUGCUACGCACCUUCUGGAUUCUACGUGUUCUGGAGCACGCGGCCAUAUUCUUUCUUAACGGCAUGUGGAAUCAGACAGACGAUUUUACACCAAUCUUUCGGCUUCUAAAGAAUCUGAUGGUGACCGGUUGCGAUACACUCACUGCCGUUUUGGGAAUAACAAGCGUAGUCUCAUACAUAUGCCACUACAUCGGCCGAAUGUUUCAAUGGGUUAUGCUUACUGAGGACGAAAAUGACAAGAAUAUCGGUACGGUAUCAGCAAUUCUGUUCUAUAUCCUGGCCUUACAAACCGGUUUAACCGGUUUGGAACCAGAAAAACGGUUUGUAAGGCUAUGUCGAAACUUCUGUUUGUUGUUUACCGCGUUGUUGCAUUUCAUUCAUAACAUUGUGAAUCCAUUGCUUAUGAGCUUGAGCGCCUCUCACAAUCCAUCUCUGAAAAGGCAUCUUCGAGCACUGACAGUAUGCGCAUUCCUAGUGUUGUUCCCAAUUAUGUUACUCAUUUACUUAUGGUCUCAUCACGGAGUUUCCACAUGGCUUCUGGCGGUAACAGCCUUCAGCCUCGAGGUUAUUGUUAAAGUCGCAGUGUCUCUUGCCAUUUACACUUUGUUCUUGCUUGAUGCUAGACGUGAGACCUUUUGGGAAGGACUAGAUGACUACGUUUAUUACAUUAGGGCGUUCGGGAAUACGAUAGAAUUUUGUUUCGGUAUCUUCCUAUUCUUCAAUGGAGCAUGGAUAUUAAUCUUCGAAAGCGGGGGAGCUAUUAGGGCUGUGAUGAUGUGUAUUCAUGCAUAUUUCAACAUUUGGUGCGAUGCCAGAGCCGGCUGGUCGGUUUUCAUGAAACGACGCACUGCCGUUCACAAGAUUGAGAGUUUGCCAGAGGCGGACGAAGAGCAACUACGGCGAUUAGAUGACGUUUGCGCCAUAUGCUAUCAAGAAAUGAAAUCUGCAAAGAUCACCCGGUGCAAGCACUUUUUCCACGGGGUAUGUCUGCGUAAAUGGCUCUACGUCCAAGACCGUUGUCCGCUUUGCCAUGACAUUUUGCAUAGCGUUGACUGUGAGGAUUCGAAAGAAAACGGGGCAGCUCAAAUUGCACAAGCUGUAAACGAAGAUGAAACUAAUUAUAAUAGGUGAUAAAUUGAUUUAAAUGUGAUUAUUGUACAUAAACGUAAACGCUAGGGGUGGACUUUGACAUUUAAUAAUUUUUAUUUAAUAAGUAGAGUUAAGAAUUUCAAAUUUAUGUGAUUACUCCCA